CUGAAUCUGGAUGUCCUGCUUUGGAUACCACGAAGCCCCCUCCCCGAAGGCUGGGAGCUAAAAGCAUCUUCUGAAAUUCUGGAUAUCCCAGGACCAAGUUCUCACAACCUCAAGAUGUCUUAAAGGAAGCUUUUCGUGCUGUUCCGGUCCCCAAAACACGGUUGCUUUGAAGAUCUAGGGGGGGCACGUGGUGGGGUGGGUUUUUUUGAACGUAGCAUUUACGCAGAGAGAAAAAGGGGCCUCACCCAACAUGACAGGGGAAGGAAACAAAAGGGGUCCCAGUGUCGCGCUGAUUGGGACAGCUGGGACAUGCCUAGGAAAAAACAUCCUAAAAGGAGAAACCGCCAAUUGGAUUGUACAAAAUCCCUCCUUCAAGGGAUGCUGCUACCAGGAUUCUAAGGGACCCCGCGAGCUUUGCAGCCAACUCUAUCAAAUUCAUCAUGAUUGGCUGAGACCAGAGAAAAACACCAAAGCUCAGAUGCUGGACCUGGUGGUCCUGGAGCAGUUCCUGGCCGUCCUGCCUCCAGAGAUGGAGACUUGGGUCCGGGAGUGUGAAGCGGAGACCUGUUCCCAAGCUGUAGCCCUCGCAGAGGGCUUCCUGUUGAGCUGGGCCAAUGACCACAAGCAGGGACCACAGCAGGUUCAAGAGUCCUUCCUGUUGGUCGCAGAACACUCUGAAGCACGGGGGGAUCUGCUUUAUCCCUCUCAGGAGCUGAGUUUUCAGAAAACACCCCAAGAGGGUCCAUCUGAGAACUUAGCAGUCUCAAAGAAUAGACCAUUCAUAACCCCUGUGGGACCAUCUUUCUUUUGUGGUGCAGAAACAGCUGUUGUGCUUCCAACUCUGAAUUCCCUGUCCUUUGAUGAUGUAGCUGUAUUCUUCUCAGGGGAGGAAUGGGAUCUGCUAGAUUUCAACCAAAAAAUCCUGUACAAUGAUGUUAUGCUGGAAAAUGCCAGGAAUGUGGCCUCCACAGGAGUUGGUUGGCCAGAGAGUGGAAAUUAUAAUCAAGCAUCAGUGGAACAUUCACAAACAGGCAGGAAUUAUAUUGGAGAAGGGAUGUUUGAAAAUCCAUGGGCACCAGAAAAAUCUGAAUGCAACCAAUUAAACAAGAGAAGAGAAAAAUCUUGUACUCCUCAGUGGGCAGAAAUCCAUUUUUUCCUUGCCCAGCAAGGACUCAAAAAAGAAAGCAAGUGCUUUGCCUGUGGAAAAACACCUAGAGAAAAUUCAGAUUUAUGUGAGUAUUGCAGAACGCACAAUAAAGCAAAGCAAUAUAAACUUGGGGAGCAUGAACAAAAUUACAAUUGGUCCUUCCUUCAAACAACCCACACUGGAGAAAAAACAUAUCCUUGCACGGAGUGCGGGAAAACCUUCCGUAAGAGCAGUAAUCUUAAUGCGCAUAAAAGGAUCCACACAGGCGAGAAACUGUAUCAGUGCAUGGAGUGUGGAAAGAUGUUCAGGUGGAGCAGCGGGCUCACCUAUCAUAAGAGGAUCCAUUCGGGAGAGAAACCCUAUAAAUGCUUGGAGUGCGGAAAGAGCUUCAGUGGCUUGAGUUCCUUUACUUCCCAUAAAAGGAUGCAUUCUGGGGAAAAACCCUAUAAAUGCGCCGAGUGUGAAAAGAGCUACAGCAGUUUCAGUUCCUUCACUUCGCAUAAAAGGAUGCAUUCUGGCGAGAAACCCUAUAAAUGUGCGGAGUGUGGGAAGUGCUUCAGUGGCUUGAGUUCCUUUACUUCCCAUAAAAGGAUCCACUCGGGGGAGAAGCCGUAUAAGUGUAUGGAGUGCGGGAAGAGCUUCACUAUAAGCAGUCACCUGAUUUCCCAUAAAAGGAUCCACUCGGGCGAGAAACCGUAUCAAUGCACGGAAUGUGGGAAGAGCUUCACUUUAAGUAGCCAUCUCACUUCCCAUAAAAGGAUCCACUCGGGGGAGAAACCAUAUAAAUGUAUUGAUUGUGGAAGGAAGUUCAGGUGGAGCUGUCACCUGGCUUCCCAUAAAAGGAUGCACUCGGGAGAGAAACUAUAUACGUGCAAAGAGUGUGGAAAGAGUUUCAUUGACCUAAGUUCCUUUACUUCUCAUAAAAGGAUCCACUCAGGUGAGAAACCAUAUCAAUGCACGGAGUGUGGCAAGAAUUUCAGGAGUACCACUAAUGUUACUGAACACAAAAGGGUUCACUCGGGCGAAAAGCCAUAUAAAUGCACAGAAUGUGGGAAAAGCUUCAAAUGGAGUAGUUGCCUUACAUCCCAUAAAAGGAUCCACACAGGGGAGAAACCGUACAAAUGCACCGAGUGUGGAAAGGACUUCCGGAAGAGCUGCUCUCUCACUACUCAUAAAAGGAUCCACACAGGGGAGAAACCGUACAAAUGCUCGGAGUGUGGGAAGAGUUUCACUAUGAGUAGUAGCCUGAUUUCCCAUAAGAGAAUUCACACAGAUGAAAAACCGUAUACGUGCAUGGAAUGUGGAAAGACUUUCCGCAAGAGUGAUAACCUGACUUCCCAUAAAAGAGUACAUGUGGAAGGAAAACCGUAUAAAUGCAUGGAAUGUGGCAACAGCUUCAACAAUAGCAGCCAUUUUAUUUCCCAUCAAAGGACCCACUCGGGUGAGAAACCGUACAAAUGCCUGGAGUGUGGAAAGAGCUUUAGUGAAAAUAGUUCCCUGACUUCCCAUAAAAGGAUCCAUUCAGGUGAGAAACCAUAUAAAUGUGUGGACUGUGGAAAGACUUUCAGUCAGAGUGGACAGCUUACUUCUCAUAAAAGGAUCCACACUGGAGAAAAGCCAUAUAAAUGCACAGAAUGUGGAAAGAACUUCAGUCAGAAUGGUCAACUUAGUUCACAUAAAAGGAUCCAUUCUGGAGAGAAACCGUAUAAAUGCAUGGAAUGCGGAAAGAGCUUCAGUCAGAGUGGCCAUCUUACUUUCCAUAAAAGAAUUCACACGGGAGAGAAACCGUAUAAAUGUAUAGUGUGUGGAAAGAGCUUCACUAUAAGCAGUCACCUUACUUCCCAUAAAAGGAUCCACACCGGGGAGAAACCAUAUAAAUGCACAGAGUGUGGAAAGACUUGCAGUACCAACAGUGAUCUUACUUUGCAUAAAAGGAUCCAUUCAGGGGAGAAACCAUAUAAAUGCAUGGAAUGUGGAAAAGACUUCAGUCAGCGAAGUAAUCUUAUUUCCCAUAAAAGUAUACACUCGGGGGAGAAACCCUAUAAAUGUAUGGAAUGUGGAAAGAGCUUUAAUCAGCGAAGUAAUCUCAUUUCCCAUAAAAGGAUCCACUCAGGAGAGAAACCCUAUAAAUGCAUGGAAUGUGGAAAGAGCUUUACUUGGAACUGUCAACUGACUUCUCAUAAAAAGAUCCACACAGGGGAGAACCAAAUAAACGUGUUGACUGUAGAAACAGCUUCGUGGACUCCAAUUCUGAGCUGAUGGACGUCAGGUAGAGUUGGAUAAAAAGGCAUGACAGACUCAAAGAAAGAAUUAUAUCCGCAUGGUUGAAGGAAGGAUGAAGGUGAAGUCGGUAGUAAGGUGGAUAGUCAAGGUGCUUAGAGAAAAAUCCUUGAAAAGUAUGACUAUGGAGAUCCUCAGUCAUCCAGGUCAUGGUUGUCCAAAGAUGUUUUUUCACGAGGCAACUGGACUUUCUUGUUUUUCUUUGAAGACGCUUCGCUUCUCAUCCAAGAAGCUUUUUUAACCCUGA